AUGGGUGUUGAUCUCGACCAUCGUUACGAUCGUAAGGCAGUACGUCGAGCUCCACGUUCAAAAAAUUUAUAUUUACUUUUACUCGUGAAACUCUAUCGUUUUUUGGCACGUCGUACAGGUACAAAGUUUAAUAAAAUUUUAUUGAAACGUUUGUUUAUGUCUAAUACCAAUCGACCGCCACUUUCAUUAUCACGACUUGUUCGACAUAUGAAAAAGAAAGGCCGUGAAAAUAAAACUGCUGUUGUUGUCGGUUCGAUUACUGAUGAUGCACGACUUUAUGAAGUACCGAAAUUAACAGUUUGUGCUUUACAUGUUACGGAAGGUGCUCGUGCCAGAAUUCUUGCAGUCGGUGGUGAAAUUUUAACUUUUGAUCAAUUAGCACUUCGUUCACCAAAGGGUAAAAAUACAGUUUUAUUACAAGGUCCACGAAAAGCUCGUAAAGCUAAUCGAUACUUUGGUCGACCACCUGGCGCUCGCCAUAGUACAACAAGACCAAAAGUUCGUGCGAAAGGUCGUAAAUUCGAAAAGGCUCGUGGCCGACGAGCUAGUCGUGCUUACAAGAACUAA